AUGACCAAACAAGUUUCAGUUUUUAUAAUACCGCAACGAUGGGUUAUGGCGAUAAUGGGAUUCCUCGCAGUUGCAAAUGCAUACACGAUGCGGGUCUGUCUGAACAUUGCGAUAACACAGAUGGUGAGAAGACACGCCCCUACACAAGCAUAUGAGGACGGCUCCUGUCCUGCUCCUGAUCUGGAUGAAGUGGUUGCUGAUCAUACAGAAAUAAACGGAUAUAACUGGGAUGAAGAGACACAAGGCAUAAUUCUUAGUGCUUUCUACUAUGGAUACAUAGUCACUCACUUACCAGGCGGUAUGCUCGCUGAAAGGUUUGGUGGGAAGUAUUCCCUCGGUUUCGGCGUCCUUAGCACAGCUGUAUUCACACUAUUUACACCUUGGGCAGUUAGCUUAGGAGGCGCCACUGGGCUUAUCAUUUUAAGAGUUCUUGAAGGACUUGGCGAGGGUACAACAUUUCCGGCGUUAAACGCAAUGUUAGCCAGAUGGGCACCUGUAUCUGAAAGAGGACGUAUGGGUUCUUUAGUAUUUGGAGGAGCUCAAAUUGGCAAUAUUGCAGGCACAUAUUUCUCAGGACUUGUUAUCAAACAAACUGGCGAAUGGCAAUCAGUAUUUUAUCUAUUUGGUAGCAUCGGUAUACUCUGGUUCAUUUUAUGGGCAUUACUUUGCUACAACGACCCCGAAUCUCAUCCCUAUAUCUCUGACAAAGAAAAAAAAUAUCUUGAAGAAGCUCUUGGCAGACAUAAUAACAGUCAACCAUCUUCAAUUCCUUGGAAAGCCAUUUUUAUGUCUGUUCCUCUUUGGGCUCUUGUUUGCGCACAGAUCGGUCACGACUACGGAUAUUUCACGAUGGUGACAGAUCUUCCAAAGUACAUGACUGGAGUAUUAAAAUUCGAUAUUCAUGAGACUGGAACGCUUGCUGCUCUGCCCUAUGCAGUUAUGUGGAUCAGUUCGAUACUGUUUGGAUGGAUCUGUGAUAAAAUAGUUAAGCGGCAAUGGCUGACUGUGACCAAUGCGAGGAAGACUUUUACUACAAUAGCUUCCGUUGGUCCAGGAAUAUGUAUGAUAUUGGCCUCGUAUUCUGGCUGCAAUACAGAGGCUGUCGUAAUUCUUUUCACUGCAUCUAUGGGUCUAAUGGGAGCCUUCUACCCCGGCAUGAAAGUAAACGCAUUGGAUUUGAGCAGCAAUUUCGCGGGUACGAUAAUGGCGAUUGUCAACGGUAUUGGAGCAAUUACUGGUAUCAUCGCGCCCUAUUUAGUGGGAUUGUUGACACCUGAUAGUACCUUAACACAAUGGCGAUUGGUAUUUUGGAUAACAUUAGCCGUUUUUAUCGUAACCAACCUAGUGUUUGUUGCGUGGGCCUCUGGCGAUGAGCAGUGGUGGAACUCUCCAUCUCAAGACACGAAACAACAAGAAGUUGAAGCAGCUACGAACCAGUCAAUUAACAGUGAAGUGAAAUUGUAAAAUUAAUAAUAGAUGUCUAUCCAAAGGCCAUUAUUGGAUAAACAGGGUUGACAGGGGUAUAAAAAAGGGUAGUUCGUGAAAGAUUGAUAGAGGCUAUUGUUUAUCGAUUUUAAAUCGAAUCAAAAUCGAGAAAUGUGCAAUCGACCAGAAAAAAAUCCUAUUAGUAAUACCCGCUGAAAAAAUCUUGCUUAUAAUUUAACAAAAUGUAGAUUUGAUAUACGAAUCUACAAAAACGAUGCGUCCAUAGUACAAAACUAAGUUUGAAACAUUGGCUAUUAAUUAAUCCCGUGUUAUGUGAUAAUAAUAGUAUAAUCAAUAUACAUAUACAUAGUGUUGUGAAUUGUUGAAAAUUGGGUGUAUUGGUGAUGAAAUAGGUACUUAAGUUUUUUUAAUAUUUUUAACUGAACUACAACUAAGCAAUACAAUGUAUGUAUUACGACCGGUUUCUGUAUUAAUCUUCUAAAGCCCAGUUCUUAUAUUAAGAAAAUUUGAGCUAACAUUCGAAAUUUAACGGUUCGUCGUUUUCUGGAAAUAGAAACUGGGCAUUUCUAAAUGUACCUAUUUUCUUACCAUAGAUACUAAAUAUUUUAUGGGAAAAAAUAUGACAAAAGUUACAAUUCAGUAUUAUUAAUUAAUGUGUGUAUAAAACCUCAUUUGUACGGGCAAUAAUUGGAAUAUUUCCGUAAUAUAGAAACCGUUCGUUAGUUGGGAGCCGUGAUUGACGGUAGACAGAAAUAAAACAUUCUGUUAGUGGGAUUAAAGUUGUAAUACAGAUGUAAGAUUUAGAUUAGAACAAUAAACCUGAAUGAUUACAUUACAAGGUCGUGAGUAAA